AAGCAAGAGCGAUCAGAUACUGAUUCGUCGUUUGUGGAAAGAAAACAAAUUCGUUCCAGACUUUGUUGAAAAAUUGUGUAAAAAUGACUACUGCAGUUGAACCGACUCGUGAAAAAGCACUCCAAGAUUAUCGGAAGAAGCUGUUAGAUCACAAGGAAGUGGAAUCCAGGUUAAAGGAGUUGCGAGAAUCUUUGAAGGAGCUUACAAAACAGUUUGAUAAGUCGGAAAAUGACCUGAAGGCACUGCAAAGCGUCGGCCAGAUCGUGGGAGAAGUAUUGAAACAGCUCACGGAGGACAAGUUCAUUGUAAAGGCAACGAAUGGCCCUCGAUAUGUGGUAGGAUGCCGUAGGCAAUUGGAUAAGACCAAGCUGAAGUCGGGAACUCGAGUAGCACUGGAUAUGACCACUUUAACGAUUAUGAGAUACCUGCCUCGGGAGGUUGAUCCUUUGGUGUACAACAUGUCACACGAAGAUCCAGGAGAAGUUACAUAUUCCGCAAUUGGUGGUUUGUCUGAACAGAUUCGUGAAUUGCGUGAGGUUAUCGAACUACCACUUCUCAAUCCGGAGCUAUUCCUUCGUGUAGGAAUAACUCCACCCAAGGGGUGUCUAUUGUAUGGGCCACCUGGAACGGGGAAAACAUUGCUUGCUCGAGCUGUCGCUUCUCAACUGGAUGCAAAUUUCCUAAAGGUCGUUUCAUCGGCCAUUGUUGAUAAAUACAUCGGAGAAUCGGCUCGUUUGAUUCGAGAGAUGUUCAACUAUGCUCGAGACCACCAGCCGUGUAUAAUUUUCAUGGAUGAAAUUGAUGCUAUUGGAGGACGACGUUUCUCCGAGGGAACAUCAGCGGAUCGUGAAAUUCAACGUACGCUGAUGGAGUUGCUGAAUCAAAUGGAUGGGUUCGAUUCGUUGGGACAGGUCAAGAUGAUUAUGGCUACCAAUCGGCCAGAUACGCUUGAUCCAGCUCUGCUACGUCCUGGACGUUUGGACAGGAAAAUUGAAAUCCCACUUCCCAAUGAGCAAGCUAGGUUGGAAAUUUUAAAAAUCCACGCCGGACCAAUUGCCAAGCACGGUGAUAUCGAUUACGAAGCGGUAGUGAAAUUAUCGGACAACUUCAAUGGUGCUGAUUUGCGUAACGUGUGCACCGAAGCUGGUUUGUUUGCUAUACGUGCUGAACGGGAGUACGUCAUUCAAGAGGACUUUAUGAAGGCCGUUCGGAAGGUCGCAGACAACAAAAGACUGGAAAGCAAAUUGGACUACAAACCAGUAUAAGUGGUCACCGUUCUUGCAUCCAUUCAUUGCGCAAGUAUAUUCAGUUU